AUGAAGUGGAGCAGGGGUUCUUCCUUCCCCACUCAUCUUUUGUACGCCGAUGACAUCUUAGUCUUCUGCCCGGCUAAUGAAAGAAAUGCUCAGACCAUUAUCAAUAUUCUAGAUUAUUACGGGAAGAUUUCGGGGCAAAGCUUCAAUCCUGAAAAGUCUCAGAUUUUCUUUUCCAACAAAGUUCCGACCUUCUUGCGUCACUCGAUCACUAGAACUCUUCCGUUCUCUGUUGGGAAUCUUCCUUUUAUUUAUCUUGGAGUGCCGAUAUUUAAAGGGAAAGUCCGUGCCGCUCAUCUUCGUUCGAUUCAUGAUAAGAUCUUGAAUAAAUUUUCUAGAUGGAAGGGUCUCAAACUUUCUAUGGCUGGUCGUUUGUGUUUGGUUAAAUCUGUGAUCCAAAGCUCUUUAACGCAUUCUAUGAUGGUUUACCGUUGGCCACGACAGCUUCUCCAUGAGUUGGACUCCAAAUGUCGUAACUUCAUCUGGACUGGUGACACUUGCAAAAAACCCUCCUGCACGGUCGCUUGGAAUCGUGUUUGCUCGAUUAAAACAGAAGGUGGACUGGGGGUUCGCUCUUUCUCUAUCAUGAAUAAAUGUUUCCUCAUGAAAAUCGCCUGGAAAAUUAUCUGCGGGAAAGAUUUUGGUUUUGACUUGAUCAAGGAUCGAUAUCUUAAUCGUUUCUGCAGGACGAAAAAUCUCACGACUCCUUCCACUUUAUGGAUGGGCAUUAGAGAGGAAGUCGGAAGUCUGGUGGAUAAUUCUUAUUCCUUCAUUGGGGACGGCAGCUCCACGAACUUUUGGACUGACGACUGGCUUGGAUAUCGUUUAAUUGAUAAAUGUCAUGUCCCUCAUUUCAUGUGGAACUAUCUGCAUUAUCCGGUUUUUGAUUACUUUUACGAUGGAGUUUGGCAUUUCACUCAAGAUUUCAUAAACUUGUACCCUCACGUCGUUUGUGACAUUCUUCUUAUUCCUAUUGGUGAGGAUACGGAUAUGAGAUAUUGGAAACAUUCUUUGACUGGUAAUGUUUCUUCGGCUAAUGCUUUUGCUAAUGAUUGUCAUAAAUUCCCGCGUGUAGUCUGGGGAACUUGGCUGUGGGAAUCGUAUAUCCCUGUUCAGAGGUCGCUUAUUUCUUGGAGAAUCAUUCAUAAUAGAUUGCCUACUCUUGAUCGUUUGAUUCGAUAA